GCCCGCAGCCUGCCUCCUCUGCCGAGUUUUCCCUCAGACUGUCAGAUAAAGCGGCGGGCUGAGCCCGCUGGACGGCGAGCACGGCCCCGGCUGGACAUGGCGGCGCUCUACGCCUGCACCAAGUGCCACCAGCGCUUCCCUUUCGAGGCGCUGUCUCAGGGGCAGCAGCUGUGCAAGGAAUGUCGGAUUGCACACCCUGUUGUGAAGUGCACCUACUGUAGGACUGAGUACCAGCAGGAGAGUAAAACCAGUACAAUAUGCAAGAAAUGUGCUCAGAAUGUGCAGUUGUAUGGAACACCCAAACCUUGUCAGUAUUGCAAUAUAAUUGCAGCAUUUAUUGGCAACAAAUGCCAGCGUUGCACAAAUUCAGAGAAGAAGUACGGACCACCAUAUUCUUGUGAACAGUGCAAGCAGCAAUGUGCAUUUGACAGGAAAGAUGACAGAAAGAAGGUAGAUGGGAAAUUGCUGUGCUGGCUGUGCACACUCUCAUACAAACGGGUCCUUCAGAAGACCAAAGAGCAGAGGAAGCACCUGAGCAGCUCUUCCCGUGCCAGCCACCAGGAGAAGGAGCAGUACAGUCGAUUGAGUAGUGGCAGCCAUUAUAACAGCCAGAAAACACUUUCUACGUCUUCAAUUCAAAAUGAAAUCCCAAAGAAAAAAUCCAAGUUUGAGUCAAUCACAACCAAUGGAGACAGCUUUUCCCCAGACCUGGCUCUGGACUCACCAGGCACUGACCACUUUGUCAUCAUUGCCCAACUGAAGGAAGAAGUGGCCACCCUGAAGAAGAUGCUGCAUCAGAAGGAUCAAAUGAUUUUAGAGAAAGAGAAGAAGAUCACAGAGUUGAAGGCUGAUUUUCAAUACCAAGAAUCUCAGAUGAGAGCCAAAAUGAACCAAAUGGAGAAAACCCACAAGGAAGUCACUGAACAAUUGCAGGCCAAAAACAGAGAGCUCCUGAAGCAAGCAGCUGCCUUGUCCAAGAGCAAGAAGUCAGAGAAGUCAGGAGCUAUAACCUCUCCGUGAGAGACCACAUGGAGGUUCCCAGCAACAGCAAAUGUAUUCCUGGGUUAGGGUUGGCGACUUGGGAACUGCAAGCUUUCUUAAGAAAUCUCUAUUUUAUUACAGUUACCCUUUAUGUGAUUGCAGCGGCCUGAAUGGAAAUACCUGGUUUGUGCUGUGUUAGGACUGCAUGCGUGAAUGUUCGGGGUUUUAGGCUUUCUCUCUCUCUCUCUCUCUCUUAUUCUCCCAAUCCUCUCUUCCCCCUUUUCCCCACCUUGUCAGUACUACUAGCUCUCUUGCUCAGUACUACUCUUUUCUGCUUCUUUUUCUUUUUUUAUGGUGGUUACUGCUCAGUGUUAUGUGCAGAAUGAUUUUUGUCCAUCGUUGCAUCCUGCCAUACCCAUGAGCAAAUAGUUUUGGCAUUAAUUUCAUAUCACUGCCACCCUCUGAACUUUGAAAACUGCCACCUUAAGACUUGGUACAAUGGAUGAAGCUUUCUCCAAUAAACCUUUUGCUUCAGGGUAUACUCUUGGGUUUAUUUCCAGGUAUAUUAUGUAUGAACUUUGUACUAUGUAUAGCCAGAGUUUUAUUUAUUUUUUAAAAAAAAGAAAUUUUCUUGAUAAAGAAAUAAUGGUAGCCUAGCUUGUUCUUCUUGUAAAAGUGAUGCCUCUUUUUUAAAAAGUCCUACUCUAGCUUUUAGUAAAAGAAUCAAAUCUUUUUUUUCUUUUUACCUUGGAGUCUUAAAAACUGAUUGUUAAGGUAAAACAAUUCAGUGCAUAAGUAUGGAGUUAAGUGCCUUUUGGAGGGUUUCUUGGAAGAGCGUUUAAGAAGAUACUUAGGGAGGUAGCAAAGAUUUGAAUGGUCUGUCUUUAUAAGUAAGGGCAGAAAGAAAGGUUGUCCAGGUUGUACUGGACACUUCCCUCCCCCACCCCUUUCCUGAUUGUUUUUAUGUGACUGAUUUUAAAUUCUCAAACUGCCACUUCUUUAAAAAACAAACAAACAAAAAACCCUAUAUCAGUUAUCAAACUUGGCCAUUGUCAGAGAACGUUGUUUUUUUUACAUGAGCAGAUUAAAAAUGGGAUAAUAUUUAAACUAGAGAGCAUUUUGAGGGUCAGUACAGGCUGCUCAAGUAUGGACUCUGAGUGUGGUUGAAAGGAAUGAUAUCACUGUAACUUCUCCGCACUCCUCCUCACCUACCCCAGCCUGUACACUCCCUGCUUUUAAAAACAGAAAUGUAUUGAAAACAGGUGCUUCCCAGAAGCAGCUUGGUCUUAGCCAGAAUUGUUCAUGUCCUGUUUUCCCUCCCUGACCCAAUAAGCAGGCACAUGGAUUUACUUUUCUGGAAGAGGGGGGGAUAAGUUUGCAUUUCUAGCCAUACUCUCAGGUCCUUUAUAUGAUGUUUGUGAAAGAAAUUAGAGAUGUGUAGCAUGCCAUGAAACAGUAAUACCAACUACCUUGGAAUCAUUAAUGCAGGGAGUAUUGAGUUAGAGGUAAUUAUGAGGGCAGAUGACAUUUGUACCUCAGCCUACCAAAAUUAUAGCAUAAGUUUAACUUACUAGACAUUUCUUAGAAGCAAACACUUGUAACUUGUGAUAGCAUUCUCACAAGUGGAGCCAUGCAUAUAAUGGGACAGAUGUGGAAAUGGAUGGUUUCCUUCUGAUAGGAGAAACAAUGGACCAGGUUGUUUCUGUAUCCCUCUAGUAGGGGAUGUAAUUUUUCCUUCCAAGCAAAGGAAAUGGCAGUGCUAAAUAGUUUUGUAACUUUUUGAAUGAGAAACUUUUAGGUAAAGCCAAGCGGUCAGAUAAUAUUUUUCAAAUGCAUGUACGUUCACUGUGGGGAAAAGAUUGUGAAAAAAGUUACAGUCAUGGUUUUUGUUUUUCUUAAUUUUAAAGACUUGAGAAAUUCUGUUAUAUGAAGUGACAAUAUAAAAACAUAUUUAGUUUUAUACUAAAUCUUUUUUUAAGAUCUUGGCACUUAAUAUGAAUCAAAUUCACACAUUUUGUAACUUUCCACAAGUUCUAAAAGGGGAAGGAAGAAAUCUCAGUCUUGCAAUUUUGGUUUUUAAAAAUCAUGACACCAUUUUACCAUGAAAUUGAGUAUCUAACUUUUGGUAACACCUUUUGUUUAUUUGUAUGUUUGUAAUAAUGGACAUUUUAAACAUAGGAAUGUUUUGGUUUGUACAGACUUUGACAAAUGUGUGUUAAUAAAAAUUCAUAUUGACUCUA